UAUAAGGGGUGGCCAAGGAGUAAACCUCGUCCUCAACACGGAGAACAUGAGGCUUCUCUUCUGGUUCCUUCUGGCCGUGGUCUUCAGCCUGGAACUAGCUAUAACACAGGGCAUGCAGUGUCACAUCUGCAAGGGGUUUGGAGGAUGUUCCCACCCGUCCAGAUGCCCAAGGAGCUCCACCCACUGUGUCAUCAUCGGCACCCGAGCUCCCAUCAGCUUUACAGACUUGCCUCUGGUGACGAAGAUGUGCUACAGUGGCUGCCCUGAUGUUGCCAGCUUGGGCUUGGGUCCUCACGUAUCCAUCGUUUGCUGCCAGUCGAAUCUCUGCAACAGGGACUGACCACACUCUGUCCGAGGCCUGGUCCUUGGAGAUCAU